AUGGUGUCUGACACUAAGCAAAUACAGUCUGGUCCACAGCAUAUCUGCCCCACAGCACCUGCCACACAGUAUCUGCCCCACAGUAUCUGCCCCACAGCACCUGCCCCACAGUAUCUGCCCCACAGCACCUGCCUCACAGUAUCUGCCCCACAGCACCUGCCUCACAGUAUCUGCCCCACAGCACCUGCCCCACAGUAUCGGCCCAACAGUAUCUGCCCCACAGCACCCGCUCUACAGCACCCGCCCUACAGCACCUGCCCCACAGUUUCUGCCCAACAGCACCUCCCCCUCACCACCUGCCUAAUAGUUUCUGCCCCACAGCACCUGCCCCACAGCACCCGCCCUACAGCACCCGCCCCACAGCACCUGCCCCACAGUUUCUGCCCAACAGCACCUCCCCCUCACCACCUGCCUAAUAGUUUCUGCCCCACAGCACCUGCCCCACAGCACCUGCCCCACAGCACCCGCUCUACAGCACCCGCCCUACAGCACCCGCCCCACAGCACCUGCCCCACAGUUUCUGCCCAACAGCACCUCCCCCUCACCACCUGCCCUACAGUAUCUGCCCCACAGCACCUGCCCCACAGUAUCGGCCCAACAGUAUCUGCCCCACAGCACCCGCUCUACAGCACCCGCCCUACAGCACCCGCCCCACAGCACCUGCCCCACAGUUUCUGCCCAACAGCACCUCCCCCUCACCACCUGCCUAAUAGUUUCUGCCCCACAGCACCUGCCCCACAGCACCUGCCCCACAGCACCCGCUCUACAGCACCCGCCCCACAGCACCUGCCCCACAGUUUCUGCCCAACAGCACCUCCCCCUCACCACCUGCCCUACAGUAUCUGCCCCACAGCACCUGCCCCACAGUAUCGGCCCAACAGUAUCUGCCCCACAGCACCCGCUCUACAGCACCCGCCCUACAGCACCCGCCCCACAGCACCUGCCCCACAGUUUCUGCCCAACAGCACCUCCCCCUCACCACCUGCCCUACAGUAUCUGCCCCACAGUAUCUGCCCCACAGCACCUGCCCCACAGUAUCUGCCCCACACCACCUGCCCCUCACCACCUGCCCCACAGCACCCACCCUACAGCACCCGCCCCACACAACCUGCCCCACAGUAUCUGCCCCACAGCACCUGCCCCUCACCACCUGCCCCACAGUUUCUGCCCCACAGCACCUGCCCCACAGCACCUGCCCCUCACCACCUGCCCCACAGUAUCGGCCCCACAGCACCUGCCCCACAGCACCUGCCCCACAGUAUCGGCCCCACAGCACCUGCCCCUCACCACCUGCCCCACAGCACCUGCCCCACAGCACCCGCCCUACAGUACUUGCCCCACAGCACCCGCCCUACAGUACUUGCCCCACAGCACCUGCCCCACACCACCCGCCCUACAGCACCUGCCCCACAUCACCCGCCCCACAGCACCCGCUUGGAGACAGCGCUGUUGCAUAGCAUGAUGCUGUGCUAA